GCGCCAAGCACAAGUCGAUGCUGGAAGGUCACAGCACCCAGAUGCGGCGAGGCCGGGGCAAGCUCCUCUCCCGGGCAGGGCACAAGGCCAAGCGGAUCGGCAACAAGGGCAGCAUCAACAUCCAGAACAAGGCGUUUCACUGCCAAGUGUGCGAGAUCUACGUGAACUCGGAGACCCAGCUCAAACAGCACAUGAGCAGCCGGAGGCACAAAGACAGGCUGGCGGGGAAGCCGCCCAAGCCCAAGUACAGCCCCUAUAACAAGCUGCAGAAGAACGCUGCCCUCGCAGUGAGUAUUCUCAAGUCCAAGCUGGCUUUGCAGAAGCAUCUCACCAAAACCCUGGCGACCC